CCGUGAUUUGACACACACACACACACACACACACAUCAGCCGUGGGUGCACCAUCACUACGUGUGUUUCCUUCACGGAGGAUUGAUUCAGUUCCUGUGAUUGUUGUCCACCUGCCUGACUUUCCUCCGCGAUGGACGAGCGACGUGUCCUGGCGGCGAUGUGCUGCCUGCUGGCGGCCUCCUGCUUCUUCUUCUCCUGCUGCUGCGCGGCGGGCUCGCCUUCCCUGGAGCGUCAGUACCUCAACGAGUGGGCCGUGGAGAUCCCGGGCGGCCAGGAAGCUGCUGCCGGCAUCGCCCGGGACUUGGACUACCAGCUGGUCCGACAGAUCGGGGCCCUAAAAGACCAUUUUUUGUUCCGCCAUCGUCAACAUCCCCGCAGAAUGAAGCGAGGGGCGGAGCACAUCACCAGGCAGCUGUCGGAGGAUGACCGGGUGCUGUGGGCGGAGCAACAGUACGAGAAGCGUCGCCACAAGCGAGCGUCCCUGGGGGAGUGCAGGGACUGUCCUGUGGACAAACUCUUUGACGACCCCAUGUGGAACCAACAGUGGUAUCUGCAAGACACCAGGACGUCGUCCUCGCUGCCCAAACUGGACCUGCACGUCAUCCCCGUGUGGCAGAAGGGCAUCACCGGCAGGGGAGUGGUCAUCACGGUUCUGGAUGACGGACUGGAGUGGAACCACACCGACAUCCACUCCAACUACGAUCCAGCAGCCAGCUACGACUUCAACGACAACGACCCGGACCCAUUUCCCCGAUACGAUGCCACCAAUGAAAACAAGCACGGCACCAGGUGUGCCGGGGAGAUCGCCAUGCAGGCAGACAACAACAAAUGUGGUGUCGGGGUGGCCUUCAACUCCAAGGUCGGAGGCAUUCGCAUGCUGGAUGGGAUCGUGACGGACGCCAUCGAGGCCAGCUCCAUCGGCUUCAACCCGGAACAUGUGGACAUCUACAGCGCCAGCUGGGGACCCAACGAUGACGGCAAGACGGUGGAAGGCCCGGGUCGUCUGGCUCAGAAAGCAUUCGAGUACGGCAUCCAGAAGGGCCGAGGCGGCAAGGGCUCCAUCUUUGUUUGGGCCUCAGGUAACGGCGGCCGGCAGGGAGAUAACUGCGACUGUGAUGGCUACACCGACAGCAUCUACACCAUCUCCAUCAGCAGCGCCUCCCAGCAGGGAUUGUCUCCCUGGUACGCUGAGAAGUGCUCCUCCACCCUCGCUACAGCCUACAGCAGCGGGGACUACACCGACCAGAGGAUCACCAGUGCCGAUCUCCACAACGAGUGCACUCAGACCCACACAGGAACUUCGGCCUCAGCCCCGCUAGCAGCUGGAAUAUUUGCCCUGGCACUGGAGCAAAAUCCAGACCUGACCUGGAGAGACCUGCAGCACAUCGUGGUCUGGACAUCAGAGUUCGAUCCCUUGGCUAAUAAUCCAGGCUGGAAGAAGAACGGAGCAGGACUGAUGGUUAACAGUCGCUUUGGUUUCGGACUGCUCAAUGCCAAAGCUUUGGUGGACCUCGCUGACCCGGCCAACUGGAAGCACGUGCCGGACAAGAAGCAGUGUAUAGUGAGGGACGACUCCUUCCAGCCCAGGGAUCUGAAAGCCGCAGGGGAGACCACCAUAGAGAUCCCAACGAGAGCGUGUGCGGGCCAGGAGAACGCCAUCGCUUCUCUUGAGCAUGUGCAGGUGGAGGCCAGCAUCCAAUACACCAGGAGAGGAGAUCUGCACAUCACGCUGACCUCGCCAGCUGGCACCAGCACGGUGCUGCUAGCUGAGCGCGAGCGAGACACUUCGUCCAACGGUUUCAGGAACUGGGACUUCAUGUCAGUCCACACGUGGGGGGAAGACCCCUCUGGAACCUGGACCAUCAAAAUCACCGACACUUCGGGCCGCAUGGAGAACGAGGGUCGGAUCUUGAACUGGAAGCUGAUCCUGCACGGCACGUCCGAGAAGCCGGAGCACAUGAAGAAGCCUCGGGUCUACGUUCCCUACAACGCUGUGCAGAAUGAUCGCCGGGGUGUGGAACACAUGGAUGACAUGAUGGAGGAGCCCACUGAAGCCCACCCGCCCGAGAAGACUUUAGCACAAGCCUCCAACCCAGAGACGGGAGCCCCAAAAGCGGCGAAGCCUCCAAAGUGGCCCACGCAGGCCUUGCUACGUCUCCUGCAGACAGCCUUUAACCGGCAGAGCCCCGCCUUCCAGGGGCCCCGCUCAGCCUGGAGGAAAGCGCCGCCUGGAAGAUUGACCCCCGUCCCGGCGACGCAAACCCCGCCGCAGAAACUGUCCCAGGCCCUGGACAUGAUGGACAAGUACGACAGCGUCUACAGCGACUACAGCGAUGGCUUCUACAGCAGCAAGCCUUACAGGCACCGAGAUGACCGCCUGCUGGAGGCCUUCUUCCACAUCCUCCACGCCCAGGAGCAGAAAUGACAGCACUUGGAUUCCACAAUGGGUUGGUUGGGAAGCAGAGGACCAAGACAGACCUCAAAACUCUUAUUCAGUUCUGUGUUGUCCCCCAAAAUGCUGCAUAUCUGAUCUCCUUAUCUUCAGUUCAGGAAUGACUUUUUAGUUCUGAGUCAAGCAGAACUUCUCUGCUCUCCUUUCGGUCUUUACUGCCUGCGUCACAGUACGUCUUUUCUCUCGAGACACACUAGGAUAAUGUUGACUUUUAUGUCAGGUGACCUGCAGUCCUGUGCAAAAGUCUUGGCGAGCUUUACCUCUAAAGGCUUAGUGGCCACAUGCGUGGACAGCACCUUUUAGCUCUUAUUUCCAACAUGGUGUAGACUACUGAAUUGGGGUCUGAUGGCCGCUUAUGUGGACACUUAUACUGCCAUCUGGUGGUGUCAGAAGAGUAUAACAUACCAUGGAAUUUGGGGAAAAAAGGGUAAAAAUAAUAAUUAGCAUGUCACUAUACAUGAAGUACAUGUUUGUGUACCUAUGGACUAAGCACAUCAUAUCAAAAGAUGAUUCUUAGUUUUUAUUCUAAUUAGGGUCCAAUGAGCCCAAAUAGCAAAGAAAAAGAAAAGCAGGUAAACAAAAAGCUUGGGCCUUAAGAGGAUAAGAAGUUGUCAUUCAAACAUAGUACAACUACACACCGUUUGAACAGUAACACUGUGUUGGAACAUUUCAUCGGGUGAUUAUUUGGCAUGCCACACUUUGAGUCUCACUGUCCUAGUGGAAUACAUUGUCCUUAUUUGAGUCAUACGGUGGCCAAGAAGGGUCACAACAAACUAAAAUAACAUAGUCAGGAUGUUCUUAUCAGGGUUUUAUGCUGCACAUUCCCUUCAUCCUCGAUACCAAUACUGAUCACAUGGACUAACUGGACAUUUUCGUACCUUUAUUCAUUGUCAAUAUUUCAACUAGUUUCCAUCCAUCCAUCCAUUUUAUACCGCUUAUUCCCUUUGGAGUCGCGGGGGGUGCUGGUGCCUAUCUCAGCUACAAUCGGGCGGAAGGCGGGGUACACCCUGGACAAGUCGCCACCUCAUCGCAGGGCCAACACAGAUAGACAGACAACAUUCACACUCACAUUCACACACUAGGGCCAUUUCUUAGUCUUUUAUUUCAUACAAAAUGUUUGAGCAAACUAAGACAAAAGUGCACAAUAACUACACAAAAGCAAAAACUAAGAAUUUAAUUGUAGAGCACUUUUCUACCUUCAAGGAACUCAAAGUGCUUUGACACUAUUUCCACAUUCAUCCAUUCACACACACGUUCACACACUGAUGGCCAUGCAAGGCCCUAACAACCAACCAUCAGGAGCAAGGGUGAAGUGUCUUGAUCAAUGGCACAACGGACGUGACGAGGUUGGUGGAAGGUGGGGAUUGAACCAGGAACCCUCAGGUUGCUGGCACGGCCACUCUCUCAACCCCGCCACACCGUCCCCAAGUAUGAUCUUUUAACUUACGAUCUUUGGUCUGCGCACUCAAACUCUUCCUGUGUCCAGGGAAAUGUUUCCUGACUUUGUAAACAUUAACAAUUUUUUUUUAAGUGAUAAAAAUAUUGAUCAAUCAAAUACUGAUCAGGGUUUCACCCAGAAUGUGCUCAAUAUGUAGAUUGCAUAAUAAUCCAUCCAUUUCCUACCGCUUAUUCCCUUUUGGGGUCACAGGGGACGCUGGCGCCUAUCUCAGCUACCAGUGGGCGGAAGGCGGCGUACACCCAGCACAAGUCUCCACCUCAUCGCAGGGCUUGCAUAAUAAUAACAAUACAUUUUACUUAUCAGACUCAAGGACACCGUACAAAAUCAAAACAACAACAUCCGUGGGACAACAACAACAACAAAGAUUUCAAAAGAACAAGCAGUCAGGAAUAAUAAUAAUAAUGUCUUUGAAUCUGUGAUGACACAUAGUGUUCUUUAAAAAGGCUAAAACAUGUUAUACUUACUUUUAAAAACAAAUCUGUUAUUAUUUGCUCUAUUCUUUAAUUUUAUUCAAUUUUUCAGGUUUCUAGGGACGUCUCCAAUUCUUUCUACAGACUUUUUCUUUAUGUACAAAAAAAUUACAAAAAUCCAGUAUCUUUUUCUUGACGUUAUUGGAGUCUGUACUCGUGUUUAGAGAAGAUUUGCUUCUGUGUGACGUCACACUGCUUGGUCCUCGAUUGAUUGAAACUUUUAUUAGUAGAUUGCACAGUACAGUACAUAUUCCGUACAAUUGACCACUAAAUGGUAACACCCCAAUAAGUUUGUCAACAUUUCAUGGUCUCUCGCCUGUCGUCUUCAUUUUGUAGCUGGUAGUCUGCACUUGCACACCUGGGCUACAUUAAAGGACGUCCACAUGGCAGACAUGUAGGUGGUAGUCUGCACUUGCACACCUGGGCUACAUUAAAGGACGUCCACU